AUGCCACUUCCGCUGUCAUCUGAUUUUUUUUUAAAUUCAGAUCUGCACCAAGGUCUUGAGGUCUGCACCAAGGUACAAAAAUAUUUCAAUCUGAAGGGAUGGAUUUGUGUCUCGGUGGAUUUCGAUGUUGCAAGGCUAACAAAGGCAAUCAUUGAGUCUGUGACAGGGGAACCAUGCAGUCUUAUGGAACUAAGCACGCUUCAAGAGCAUCUUAAGAUGAAAGUGGAGGGAAAGCGAGUGUUGCUUGUGCUCGAUGAUAUGUGGAACGAGCAACAGAGUCGCUGGGAUUCCUUGAAACUCCCCUUUGUUGGUGCAGAAGCAGUAGGAUUUAUCAUGACCACAAGAAAUGAUCCGGUUGCUAAGAUCAUGCAGACGUGGCCUUCUUUUCAUCUUGGCUACUUGCCUGAUGAUCCUUGUUGGCUGCUGUUCCAGCGUGUGGUAUUUGGUGGUCCAGUUACUAAUGAGAAAUCAAAUUUGGUGGGCAUUGGCAGGCAGAUUGUCAAGAAGCUAGUGUCAUGGCUUGCCGUUGGCCGUGAAGGUAAUGGGAGGCCUUCUACGACACUGGAUCUCACAUCUUCAACCGACCUUGAACAUCUAUGUGUAAAUGACUGUGUUGUGCUAGAUCCUCAGACAGUCGAGUGGCUGCCAUCAUCACUUCAAUCCCUGAUACCUGUUUUCUGUAAGUUUCCAGAUUCCCUUCGCUUGGACCAGAACCUCUCUCUAUUGCCAAACAAGCAACUGCCAUCCUCGCUUGAGUCAUUGUCAGUUAAUGGCUGCGAGAUCCCUAAGAAUAAGUCAUUGUCACGACUUAUCCUCAUUGUUGCAUCAGAACCUAUCUUCAUUCAAGGAGUUUCAGAUAGUGGAUUGCCCCAGGCUCAGAACCGUGCCAGGGCCGAAUAA